AUGUAUCGUACUCCGAUGAAAGAAGUUCCUGCGUUAUCACAUGAUGCUGCCAUUCCUGGGCCGUAUGAAGUGGGUGCAGCACAUGCAAGAGUGCACUCCGAGUCGGGUGAUAAUGCUAGAAGCAAAACCGGAAAUAUGAGCUGUAGGAGUAAACGAUCGAUAAGUAGCAGAAAGUCAGUCGUUAGUGAAACUGUUAGUCAGAUUAGAGCACUAGAAUUGGAAAACCAAUUAGAAAAGGAAGAGCGCAUUGAAAGGGAGAUUCAGAUUAACGAACUGAAAUCUGUUUCGAGAAGUUCCAUUCAUAGUAGCCCUGAUCGUCGUGUCCGGAGUUGGGUUGAAGACAUUCCUGACGGUCAUGAACAACCUAACCCACCACCUCGUUUUGAUCCCCCCGUUGACCGCGGCUCUGGACAAACCGAAGUUGUUACGCAAGCACUGAAAGCGUUGCAGUAUCGUGCUGUGAGAGAUUUGCCUCAGUUCAACGGAAACUUGAUGGAAUGGCCCAUUUUCGAGAACGAAUUCAACAUAUCCACCGUUGAAUUUGCUUUAUCUAGUCAAGACAACCUGAGAAGGCUGAAUAAAGCGCUUCACGGCAAGGCCAGACAAUGCGUUGAGGCUCUCCUUACCUCCGCUGAAAAUGUGAACCAGAUUAUGAAACUGUUAAAAACGAAUUUUGGACGUACAGAAUGGAUUGUGUCGAAUAGGCUGGACAUGCUUAGAAACCUGGAAACAGUUAGAGAGGGAAAUAUUGAAUCAUUUAGGACAUUUUUCAACGCCGUUACUGGUACUGCUGUGGCUCUGAAAAAUGUUAACGCUGAAAUGUAUUUGAUGAAUCCCGAAUUAAUUGCUCAUCUAGCAGACAAGCUGCCAACAUUUAGCAAGCAGAUGUGGAUUCGUCACAAGGCCAGUUUGACGAGAGAAAAUAGGAUGAUAACUUUCGACAUUUUUUCUGGUUGGUUGGAGGAUGAGUUGGACAACCAACUAGCCAGUGUCAAUCCUACCUUCCAUAGUCGCCGUCAGGCACCCGUCCAAAGAGUAAGACCGCCUGUGUUCCAGGUCAGCAACACUGCAACUGAUAGCCGAUCUCAAUGUCCUCUAUGCUCAUCUGAAGAACACCCUGGUUUGAAGCAAUGUGAGAAGUUUUUGAAAAUGUCUAUUGAGCAGCGUAGAUCGACGGUAAGAGGAUGUAAAGCGUGCUAUCUAUGCCUUGAAGUGGAUCAUUCGCGACGGAAUUGUAAAUCGAGCAAGACCUGCUCGAUAUGCAAGAAAAACCAUCAUCAGCUCGUUCAUCCUGGUAACGAUUCGAAGCAACCUGUCCUAACUGUAGGUGGAACAUGCAAUACGAUUGUGGGUUGUAACACAAUACUUCGAGUAGGAAAGGUGCGCAUCCGUAGUAAAACUAAAACUGAAGAAGUUUUUGCACUUUUCGACGAAGGAUCAUCGCUGACCAUGUUAGAUUCUUUGAUCGCUAAGGAAAUGGAUUUGCAGGGUACAGUUUCUCCAAUUUCGUACCGUUGGACCAACGGAAUCACGCAUACAGACGACACAUCGAUGAUCAUUUCUCUGCAAAUAUCUGGACCUUCUGAUCAGGCAGUCUGGCACAAGAUGAAUAACGUUAGGACGAUCAAGAACAUGAAGCUUUCGCAAAUGAAUUUCGACUUAGCUCAGAUUCGUCAGUUGUAUCCUCUGUUAGACGAAGAAAAGCUGAAAGUAAUCGAAAAUGCAACUCCUCGUAUGCUGAUCGGUUCAAAUAAUGCUGGUUUAAUUGUUCCUCUGAAAACCAUCCAGUAUUCGAUUCGAGGGUUACAGCUCACUCGAUGUCAUUUGGGUUGGACAGUCCAUGGAGAAAUUCAACCUGUUGCAGAAUGCAUUGAGAUUCCUCAUGUUUUACUAUGUUCGAUUGAAGACAUGGAGUUGACUGAUUUAAUAAAAACUAUGUACGCUGUUGAUAAUUUUGGGAUGACAACUCAGUCACCUAAAAUGGCUGAAGAGGAUACGAGAGCAGUAGAUAUUAUGAACCGUACCAUCAAGUGCAUCGACGAUCGUUAUGAGGUAGGUCAGCUGUACAAGUUCAAUCACUUCACGUUUCCUGACAGCAAACCACAGGCGUUGCGUCGUUUGAAAGUGAUGGAAAAAAAGAUGGAUGCAGAUCCCGAAUUUGCAGAUCAAUAUUGCAACAAAAUCGAAGACUAUCUACAAAAAGGCUACGCGCGUAAACUGACCGGUCCUGAAUUGCUCGAAACACCUAACACCUGGGAUAUCGAUGAGCAACUGCGAACUCGUUAA